UAUAAAAGAGCCAGCCUUGGAUCUAUGCAGACUUGGAUCCUUUCUGACCCCGCUUACCCAUCACACAGCCUGACUCACUACACCACAAUGCCUGCCGACUAUAACGGGAGAUGGGAGAUGGUGAGCAAUGAGAAAUUUGAUGAUGUCAUGAAGGCUAUGGACAUUGACUUUGCCACACGCAAGAUCGCCGCACACCUCACACAAACAAAGGUUAUUGUGCAAAAUGGAGAUAAAUUUGAGACCAAAACUCUCAGCACAUUCAGAAAUUACGAAGUGAACUUCACUGUUGGAGAGGAGUUUGAGGAGCACACUAAGGGCCUGGACAACAGAGUGGUCAAGACACUCGUCACCUGGGAUGGAGAUAAGCUUGUGUGUGUGCAAAAAGGGGAGAAGAACAAUCGAGGCUGGAAGCACUGGAUCGAGGGAGACCUGCUACAUCUGGAGAUCACCUGUGAGGACAAAGUCUGCCAUCAGGUCUUUAAGAAGAAGGAGUAGGACUCUGAAGAUGUAGCAGCUCUCCUGUGUGUCACCUUUUAACGCUCAUGUGUGUGCAUUUAAUGUUGCUGUACAUAUGUACUUAUGCAAUGUGAUUCUAUUAAAGGAGUUUUACACAGUCUUUUAA